AUGAAUAAAUAUGGAAUGAUCUUCCAUAAAGUUCAUGAAAGGGCAGUAAACGGAGAAGAUUUUAAAAUUUCUCUUCGAGAAUUAAAGGCUGCUUGUACGGAGAAAGGAAUUGAGUCCCCUGUUUUUAUAAUGGAUAAUGCCAGAAUCCAUCAUUACAAGGGACUUAUGGAAAAUAAUGAACUUUCUCAGUACACUCUAAAGUAUUUGCCACCUUACUCACCUUUUCUAAACGCAAUAGAAAAUGUUUUUUCUGUUUGGAAAAAUUAA